UGUCAAUGCGGAUGUCAGUUUUUUAUUUAUUUAUUUUCCCAUCUGAAAGCACCAAAAGCACAGAAAAGAUACAAUCAUUUGUUUCAGGACUUACAUUUUAAAGUGGUAAUAACUUGAACAAUUCACAACAAUUGAUCAUCAUGAAGCUGAUAAUAAAAAUUCUCAAAGGCGAAGAAUAUGUAGUGGAGACCACAGACGAUGCAACUAUACUGGGCAUCAAACAAGAACUGGAACGCAAAAGCAUGAUACCGGUAGAACACCAGAAGCUGUUGCUUAUAGGCAAAACUCUUUCGGACGAUAAAACGGUCGCCUCGUACGGAAACAUCAAGGACGGUACCAAGCUCACUUUGGUCGUCAAAAAGCCAGACCCGCUGAAGGAUGUUAUCUACCGUCAGUUCAAAAAGUACUACCAAGAGGAGCAGUCCCAGAAAUUAACCCAAGAAUUUAUGAAAGAUUUCGAUAGCAAAAUUCAUCAACUCAGCCUUGACGAUCUUGAAAAAAUUGCUGCAGAUAUGUUGAGUAAAAAGCGACAAAACGUUUGAUGUGCAUUUGAUGUUUCAACUAUUCGCUGCUUAGAAUGAUUCAGAUUUUUUGAUGAAUAAAAUUGUUUUGAAUAAUGAA